AUGUAUUGGUCAGGAAAGAGCAUAUGGGUGGAAUGGAUCUACAAGAGGUUUCUGAAGAAGGAUACUAUUUGGGCUGUGAAGGCAAUUAGUGAGGCUUCUUGGGUAUGGAGGAAGAUUCUGAAGUAUAGGAAUGAAGUGGAAGAUGUUAUUAUGCAUAUAGUAGGUAAUGGAAGAUCCACUAAGUUAUGGCAGGAUAAUUGGCAUCCAAGGGGUCUCCUUAUUAAAGGAUUUGGUGACAGGAUAAGGUAUGAUUCUGGUUUACCUCAUCUUGCUACAGUGGAAGAAAUUUUAAGAGAUGGAAAAUGGCACCCUACUUCAGCUACAACAUUAGAUCUUAGAGAAGCUUGGGGAUGCCUUCAAUCUAUCCAUAGACUUCACUAUGAGAAAGAUGACUUAGUGGUGUGGAAAGGAGAUCCUAUAGGAGUAUUUACAGCCAAAUCAGCAUGGGAGAUAGUGAGAAGGAGAGGAAGAUUGGUUGGAAGAAAGCAGUGUGGUUUGAAGGAUGAGACUAUUAUUCAACCUCAGGACUUCCCAGAGGAGCUGAAUAGUUUAGUGAAGGAUGAUGCUGAGUUCAAGGUCUAUAAUAGAAUGUAA